AGAAAAAGCAAUGAACGGAAUGGAGGUUGGGUUAGUUAGUUAAGUCGCGGUGAGGUGAGGUGAGAUGAGAUGAGAGAGAGUGUAACAAAAGAAAAGAAGCAUAUUCUCUUUCUUCCUUUCGAAAACGUCACUUUCAUUCUUUGUCUUCUUUCUUUCUUGAAACGAUAAAAUCAAUCAAAGUGAAUAUGGAUCUAUGUGGUGUUAAUGUGAAGAACAAUCUUUUGUACCCAACCAAUUCAUUUUCUUAUGGAACAACAAGAUCAUCUUUUUACAACGCCGAGAUCACUAACUGUAAACACUUUCAACGCCGCCGCAUCCCAUUUCUUGUUGUCACUGCUAACGCCGGCGGCAAGAAGAAGAAGAACAAUAAUCACGGCGGAGGAGGUAAUGGUGACCAGUCUAUUCCAGAAGGCAAAAAUGAUGGUGAUAAAUCAAAUAACAACUCUGACAAGCGUGCUCAUGUUAAUCUGGAUUGGCGUGAAUUCAGAGCUAAACUAUAUAGAGAUGAGCUGAAAGAAAUAGCAGAUGCCGAUACACACAAAGAAGGCGGGGCAUUACACAUUUCCAAACCUCUUGAAACAAAAUGGGCUCAUCCUAUUCCUGUACCUGAGACUGGCUGUGUACUUGUGGCUACCGACAAGCUUGAUGGUAUUCGCACCUUUGAAAGAACUGUUAUUCUCCUUCUAAGAUCUGGAACUAGACACCCACAAGAAGGGCCUUUUGGAAUUGUCAUCAAUCGUCCUCUUCACAAGAAGAUUAAACAGAUGAAUCCUAAAAAUCAUGAUUUAGUAACCACCUUCUCUGAUUGUUCUCUGCAUUUUGGUGGACCUCUUGAGGCAAGCAUGUUUUUGCUAAAAUCAGGAGAGAAGUUGAAGCUUCCAGGAUUUGAAGAGGUAGUCCCUGGUCUAUAUUAUGGAGCUCGAAACUGUUUAGAUGAUGCAGCAGGGCUUGUGAAGAAGGGGAUUAUCAAGCCUCAUGAUUUCAGUUUCUUUGUUGGUUAUGCUGGAUGGCAAAUGGAUCAGUUGCGAGAUGAAAUUGAGUCAGAGUAUUGGUAUGUGGCUGCAUGUAGCUCAAGUUUGCUGUAUAAGGCUUUGACAGAUUCUUCUGAAGGUUUGUGGGAGGAGAUUUUGCAACUUAGGUACGCAGGAUUGAGCCGGAAGCCAAAGCAAUACCAGCAAGACCCAUAGGUACUAAUAAUUCAGAUCUAGAGACAAAUUGAUGCAUGUAAAAUGUUGGUGUUGUGAAGCAAUGUGCAGUGAAAGUUUACUCGAAUGUCAAAUAAUUAGGCAAUUUAGUCUUCCGUCUUGCUUUUAGUUUUCUAUCAAUAGAGGAAUCACAAUUCUUGUAAUUAUGAUUGACAGUAGUUGCAUGUAAGUAUGAGAUUAGUUUUGCGCUAGUCAUAGUUAUAUCCAAUGCACAAACUGUUUGUGACAAACACAACAAAAGUUUGCAGCGUUCAUGAAUCAAUGUUUUCUCAACCUAUGAACAACGUGGAAAAAUCCCUAGGGACAAGAAAUGCACAAAGGCAA